CAGGAUACACGGACGGUGUCUCGCAGGCGCACUUCGCACCGUUUUAAUCCCCGUCCUCCUUGGCUGUGCAUUUUCCUCGGAAGGCUUGUUCGUCAUUCCUUCCUCGAGUAUUGUAAGGAUCGCGUCUAACACAGGAAGAAUCUCUUUGUCUAUCUCUUUCCGCGCGUUCUUCCGUCUUCUUCACCCCAUUGCAGAAACUUGUGACACGCGCGUGCACUUCCGGUUCCCGUCUUCACGGCAAGGCAACAGGCUUCAUUGUUAGUGAACCACGAACACGUUGUCAGUGUCAGGGUCGUAUACGCUUGAAGACAAGAGGGGUAAGAAAGGAAAAAAAAGAAGAAGGGUAACAGAGAGAGAGAGAGAGAAGGAACCUUGGCAAACAGCUGGCUGUGACGUUUUGACACAAAGAAGAACGCAUUAGAUAUAGAAAGAAGGGAGAAAAACAAGUCUUACGAAGAACUACCCCAUUUUUCUUUUUAUUCUUUGUGAUCACUCGAAGAAGAAGAAAAGAAGAAGAAAAGAAGAAGAAAAAGAAGAAGAGGGAUCAUGUCGCUCAUCGCCGAAUGCUUUCGCCGAUUGACUGACACGUCUUACAAAAGCGAAUUAAAGGGUUACAAGAUAACAGAUGUGAAUCGUACGAGAAAGUUCGGCGUAGCUUGUCGAAGUCUUCAGGAAUUGAAAAGGAAAGCUUGCACGAAAUUGAACAUAACAAACGAUCUGGCCGAGGUUAAUGUCUUUCUACUUGACGGAUCCUUGGUAGACGAGGAUUAUUUUCAUACGUUGGAACCACAAACAACCUUGAUCUUGCAGAAACCAGGAGAGAAAGUUUUAUCCGAUGCUGAUCUUCUUUAUGACACUUUGAGACGCGUGAAUAUCGAAUAUAUCACCGCCGGUGACAAAGUGUCGCAAUUUCUGACAGAAAAUCUUAAGAAUAAGAUCGCCGUUUUGAACAAUGCCUUGAACGUGGAUGACUCCAAGACAACGUUCAGCUUGAGAGAGGAACAUUCCGAGUGGUUUCGUGGACUAGAGACUAAUUAUACAAGUAAGGAAGCUUACAUGCAUCGACGAUGUCAGGAUAGGAUACGAGGAUAUUUGUAUAAAACGAUCGAUCAGAUAAGAUCCUCGGAUAUAUAUUUAAAUGAUCGAAAAGCUCGACAACAAUUAUUACAGACCAUAGCCUUUUUCAAAAUGCAAUUAAAAGAGGAUCAUUAUUUUGGUUAUUAUUUCGAUAGAAGUCGAGCAUCAAACGACUCAAACGAAACGGAAAAACAUUUCGACGAAGUGGAUUCUUCAAAUUGUUACGAUCAUUGUCCUUGCAAAUUGAGUCAUUUGGACGAUAGCACGCAUUUUCGUUUAUUCGGAAACGUCAGAAGGAUCGAGGAUAAUUUCAAGAACGACGAAGUUGACGCGAGGAAAAUCACCAAAGUAUCAGCCGAGAGAAAACAGGACGAUGAAAAUGAGGAGGAAUGUCCCUUUAGGAUUAAACUUCGUAAGGUAGAGGAACAGAAAGCUAUUUGCGAUCGCAAGGGAGAAUUUAGGUGCGAAGGAGUUUGGAACUCAAACGAAUGUGCUUAUGGAUCGAGACAUAGGAUCAAUCCUUACAGAUCGAGGGAGGAACUUGUUCUAUUUUCCACGUGGAAUUUGGAUCACAAAAUCGAACGAUCACGGACCCUCGUGCCAAGGCUUCUUAGUAUGUCACUUCAAGACACGGUAAACGAGAAAGACAUAUACGAUAUUUAUGAAAAUCUCUUUACUUUGAAGAACUUAAGGCUGGUUCACGUCGUAUGUCACGAUAAGGGUUCCCAUAAGACGGAAUAUUAAUGACACAACGAGAUCCUAUUUAAAGAAAAAAAAAAAAAGAAAGAGAGAGAGAAGAAGAGAGAGGGGGGAGUAAAAUCAUUACAAAAUAGUCUUUUAUUAGUGGGAUAGUGCAAAUUAGUAAUAUAAUAUAGAAUGAUGUUUACGUAUAGAUAUAUACGUAUAUACAAUCACGUUUACGUACAUAUACACACAUAUAUAUAUAUACACAUAUAUAUAUUUAAAGAUUGUUAAUAUUGAAAGUUGACAGUACUUUCGUUGCGUUUAGAGAAAAGGAAAGCAAUAUAUAAAGAGAAUAUAUUCUAUAAAUUUCUAUAUCGAUUAAAAUUCAUACGAGAAAAUAUCAUGCCCGAUUAUGAGCAAUAUAUAACGAAGAGCUAUAUAUAACAAAAAAAAAAAACAAAAAAAGAAAGAAAUAGAAAAAUCUACCGAUUACUUCGAUCACACUAUAGUAAUACUAGAUGUACGCUCUGUUUGACUGAAUCGAUUCAAGAGACAUUUCAAAAGAUUGCCUUCUUCUCCUCUUUGAUCUAUUUUUUUUUUUUUUUUUU